ACUUUCCAUCGCUCUGUGCGGGAGAGGGCGGCCCGGGGUUCCAAACGUGUUGAGGGGCUCCUGCGACGUUUGGUGACCCGUGCGCUAUGUCGUCGGCACCGCCGCUUGUCGCGUGAGGUCGGGUUCCACCAACCGGAGUGCGUUCUGCGCCGAGCUUUGGGCACGGAUUGUCUUCCGGUCGUUUGCCGCAGCUGAGAGUUGAUGGGAUCGUCAGCGCAGCAGACAGCCCCCAGCGCCGCCCCCUCCGGGGCAUGAACCAGCUGCGCCUGAGCAACAAACUGUACGCCCUCAAGUGCCCCAUGGCAAAACUUGCCCUGCUUCAGCAGCUCGGUAUAUGCGUGCCCGAGAUCUUCAGCAGCAGGAACCUCGAACAACGCCUCGAACCCCUCCUCCUUCAACAGCUUCAGCGGCGUGUGGAAUGGCAGCCGGUUCAGCAAAACAGACAAUGGCCAAGGACGAUCGGCGCCAGUCGGCGUCCCCGGAGUCAGCCCCGCGACUCCUAGACCAGCAGAGUUCGGUGACUUCUUCGGCAUCUUCGGCUUCGAGCGAUGUGAAAGUGCGCAGGACGUCGCCGCCGGAUGGCGGCUGGGGCUGGGUCGUGGUGUUCGCGUCGUUCAUGAUUAAUAUGAUAGCAGACGGCGUGGCGAUGUCCUUCGGCCUGCUGUUCGUAGACCUCAUCGAGUACUUCGACGAGGGAAAGGGCAAGACGGCCUGGGUCGGCUCGCUGUUCCUCAGCAUGCCCCUCCUGACGGGCCCCAUCGCGUCUUCGCUGACGGACCGAUACGGCUGCCGGCGCGUCUGCAUCGUGGGCGCGCUGAUGGCGGCUGGGGGCUUCGUGGCGUCCUACUUCAGCACCUCGCUCGAGUUCCUCUUCCUGACGUUCAGCGUGUCGGGCUUCGGGCUUGCCCUGUGCUACGUGGCGUCCAUCGUGAUCGUGGCAUACUACUUCGAGCGGCGCCGGUCGCUGGCCACUGGGCUCGCGGUGUGCGGCACGGGCAUCGGCACGUUUGUCUUCGCGCCGCUGACCAUCUACCUCCUGGAGACAUUCGCCUGGAGGGGCACGCUGCUCAUCCUCGCGGGCUUCUUCCUCAACAUGGUCAUCUUUGGGCUGCUGAUGCGGGACUUCGACCCGUUCACGGAAGAGGUGGAGGUGGAAGCAGCAAAGGAGGUCGCAACUCCUUGCUGCGAGCCGCGGCUCUACAGCUCUCUGGUCCAGCUCCCGACGUACAUCACGGACCAGCACGCGCCGCUGGACGUGCUUUCGGAAAACUCGAGCAAGGAGGGGGGUCACCUUAGUGCUCUUCUGGAGCAAUACCCCAACAUCUGGAACACGAUCGUGCUUGACCCGUACGCAACGAUCAAGAGUACGCCGCCAAACUUUGCCCAGCCGCCUCACGUCGCCGUCGCAAGGACGGACGGCGGCGGCGGGCUCGGCUGGAGCGAGCGCCGUCUGCAACAGAGGGCAGACUCUGCGUGCCUGCGGAACAUGCGGCUUCAGCGGGGCAGCCUGACCUAUCGGGGCGCCAUGCUGAACAUCCGGCGGUAUCGGCUGCGGGCGUCCAGCUGCCCAGACAUCUACCGAAACAGCAUGUUGACCAUCAGCGGAGAGGACAGGAUGUGCCAGCUGCUGCGGGACCUGCGGGAGGUGGUGCUGGACUCGAUGGAUGUGACGUUGUUCCGCAACGGGCGCUACACGCUGCUGUGCGUGUCCAACUUCCUCCUCAACUCGUGCGUGGACAACCCCUACGUGUACAUCCCGGACAGCGCCAUCACCCUGGGCGUGGACAAGGAGCGGGCUUCCUUCCUCAUCUCCUUCAUCGGCAUCCUCAACACCCUCGGAGUGGUGAUUGUGGGCUACCUGGGAGACAAGACCUGGAUGGAGCCUUCGCUGCUGUACAGCUUCCUGACGGUGGUGAGCGGUGCGGCGGUUGGGGUGCUUCCCCUGGUGAGCGGCUACGCGGCCAUGGCCAUGCUGAGUGCGGUGUACGGCUUCGCCAUCUCGGCCAAUUACACCCUGGUGCCGAUCAUCUUGGUCGAGCUCAUCUCCCUGGACAACUUCACGGGUGCCUACGGCCUGCUGCUGCUCAUCCAGGGGCUGGCGGGGCUCAUGGGACCUCCCAUCGCGGGGUGGCUGUGCGACACCACGGGUGCCUACGACGCCACCUUCUACUUCAGCGGCCUCUGCAUCCUGGCGUCCGGCGUCCUGAUGCUGCCAGUGGCGAGCAGUCUGCACUGCCGGAACCCCUCCACCCUGACCGACGACGAAAGCGCCUCCACUUCCUCGCCCGCCAACACCGCAGCCGCCAAACGAAGCAACCCGGGCACCAAAGUCGUCCUGCUGUCGCAGAACGGCGCCAACGCUGUGGCGGACGACGAGAGGCACGAGACAGUGGCGCUCGUCGCCAACGGAUCCUGCGUGUGAUCUGUUCCUACCAGCUUUGACUCUUUAAAAUUUCGCUUUCCGAGGCGCACGUUGUGCGCACCGUGCACCGUGCGUGCUUCACCGCUUUUUCCUUCCUCUUAGGUAAAUAGAGUUUGGGUGUUUAGUCGGAGGCUCGGCACGAUCGUUAGUACUAUGGAACGACGUCGAGCUCGUUGCUUAACGUGGACUCGAACCGCGGUGAUGUGGGGCCGAACCCGUGGGACGGGGUUUGAUUGCGUGAGGUCGGGUCUCGGCCACGUUUGUGGCGGAACGUAAACCUGGGUUUGCGGCUCGAGCCAUGUUCUGCCGCAAGCACCGGAGCCUGUGUGCCGCCGGUUCUAUUUUCGAUUCGGUUCGCCGUGAGUGUAAUCGCUUUCUGGAAUGUUAUUUCUUUUUGGGCGGCGGACUUUUGACACUCGCCCACCGUCCUUUGGGUGUCGUAACACCCGAUGAACCCGAUUUCCCUUCGAAUUGUCACCCGUGCCACGCCGCCUUGCCCGUCGGCGGGCGUAAAUAGCUCAAGCAUGAGCACUUGGCUCUCUCCUUUUUCCACUCGUUGGAGUCGACGGGGUGUUUCGGGAGUUUCGUCCGCGACAAGACGCCGAUUCUUCCAGUUCGGCAGCAUCGUCUGCGCGCGCCCGGAAGUUCAGUUCGCCUCUUGGGCGGUGUUAUGCAAUACUGCGCCAACAGUGCAAAGCCGCAGUCCACGAGACCUUGUCUUUCCCGCUUACGGCACCGAGUCGGGGACGGGAUUGAAUCGUAACAGUGCUCGCCCGUGUCAGGGUCCACAGGUCAGAGGUGCGACCGCUUGGGAACGUGUGUUGUCUUAAGAAUUCCGGCGCGUCUACUUUCCCGCAAAGCACUUGGGGGGCCAAUCGCUGCGAUAUACGGAGGAAGCUCGGCCAAUCACGAAGCUGAAAAUGCGUGUCACCUUUUUGCUGUACUAAUGUGGCAAAGGCAGUCGUAACACAGAAUGUGAUGUAUUAGUGCGGAGAAACUGCGUACGCUUGUGGAGACUGGACGGCGCAAAGCGGACCUGCGCCACGCACGGUAAGAGCGCUCGCCGGAUGUCUUACUUGUGGGUGCCAUCUUCCACAGUUGCGGUGUAAAUGCGAGUUCCUAGGAGCCUGUUGGAGGCGCAGUAUGCAGAGCGUGCAGAAAAACGGAACAAUCGGAAUGCAGCAGCCCCAAGCAGGGCCCUGUCACCAGAUCGCGGCAAAAGAGGACCAGACGCUCGGAACUAGCUCAACCCGUCGCGGCAAAAAGCCGGAGUCUGGGGAAGUUCGGAGUGCGCUCGUUUCACAGAGCAGAGCACCGCUUUAUGUCUGAACACGUAAUGGUUGGCCCCUGCCAGGAGUAACGCAGGCACCCGAGGAAGAGGUUCGGCUGGCACCGCUUCAGCGAUCGAUUGGCAGUCGUCUCACCGACUUCCGUUGCUGGCACCUAACUGGAUACGAUUAGGUGCCGGCUACAAAACAUUCUGCAUUUGAAACGGUCCGCAUUGUGACGCUAGGCACGACGUUUCACACACUUGCGUCGUAAUCGGUGUCGCGGCGUAACUUCUUUAUAGGUGUGGACAUAUUUUCAGCCUCAACAUUUGUUAGAUUCCCUUCGUAGAUUGCAGCAUGGGUCUUCGGAGCACUUCACGGGAAAGUAGACAGUUAGAGUGUAGCUUGCUGACUGCACAGUGCAAGUUCGACGUUGAGGUUCGUGUUGGACUAUGCCGUCCCGGCAACUACGUUGAAUACGGCAUCGAGCUCUGUGUUGGCCCUAUUCGGAGAUUGAACGAGACUCGCGCCGUGUUUGCAGAACCGUCGCGAGCUAACAAACUGCUUGACAUCAUCCUUUUUGUAUUUGCAUUGUCGAUUGGUUUAUUGAAAUGGCCGCCAUUGAGUGCUCGACAGACUUUAAAUCUUUGGUGCAAUUCAGUGAUACGAACCCAGCUUUGAAAAAUUACAAUUCUAUGGAAGUUGUAUUGUGCUGCUUCGCGUGACCUUUUCUUUGCUGCCUGUUGAUGAAAACCACGAGGUUUUUACCUCCGUGUGGAUGACAAAGCAGUUGGUUUUUCAAUCGGUACGAGUCAUUUGUUUUCAAGAGUUUGUUCGUCAAAAUAGCAUUGCGUUUGUGAUGCAGACUAAGAUGUCACCAUGGAUAAGAACUCUGGCUUGUGUGUAGAAUGUUGAAACUGCAUGUAAGGUACGGGAAGGUGUGCGGUUUUGGUGCAAUGCUGGUUUGAGCGAGAUUUUCACUAGACCAAUGCUUUGUGAAGAGCAGCAGGCAUGUUGAAAUCCAUUUUCAAGUUUUGCCACCUUUUUUUGUUUUAUUUUGCAGUAUCACAAUUAGCGUAAACCCCACCAAAAUGUUUCAAUAUUGUCGACAUCCAAAUUAUCCGGUGCCCUUCCAGUAGUGUUGAGCAGCGUGAAUGUCCUCAUAAUUGAUCGAUAUUCACGAGCAGGUUGCAUUCUCCAUUCGUCCCAAAGAUUCGCCUUGUCUCCAUGUGCGCACAUUAUAUGUGGUCCGCUACUUGAGCAUGAAAAUGCAAGUCGCUGCUGUAGCCUGGGCUCUGUAUGGGUCUCUCGAAAGUUGCAAGUCUUCGUCGGCACCCAAAUCCCAGAAGCGGUAUGCUCCGUCCUUGCUCGCAGCAGGCCAGUCCAAUCAAAACUGAUCAGCUCGCAAGUGCGGCAGUGAUUCGGCAAUUUGCAGCAGCGGGUAUCAAAAUUGCCAGUUUAAACACCAGAACGUUCUUAAAAUAGAAGUAGGAAAUUGGAUGGCAUGUUCUUUUAACUCCAAAACAUUACAGAGAAUUCGGAUAUGCAAGCAUACCCAAAAGACAAUGACAAUACAAACGCAGGGUUCACUAAUUCACACAGUGUGGAUUAACAUUGGAUUCACUAAUCCACACAGGGGGGGAUUAGCAUCGGAUUUAUUACUUCACACAGUGGGCUAGCAUCUGAUUCUCUGGUUCACAGAGUCUGGAUUAGCGUCGGGUUCACUUGUCCACUUUGUGGAGUAGCGUCGGGAUUCACUGAUCCACACUGAACUACCGUCGGAUCCACUAAUCCACAUAAUGUGGAUUAGCGUCGGAUUCACUAGUGCGCACUGCCGAAAGCGUGAAUAGAUGAGAGAAUAAGUGGUCUGGAGUGUCUCCAGUCAGAUAUCGGUGAACGCCUUCCAAACAAGGAGGAGAUCUGAAGUCAAGAACUUUGCGUUUCCUAACGGACAAUCGUGGAACGUAUUGGGAGCCCGUGAUGACGCUCCUUUGAUGACUUGACGCGACGCUUUGUUUUGCUUGUGAUAGCAAGUUCGCAUUGACUAGCUGCAAGCCGUGUUCCAGCCUUAGGUAAUAGCCAGCAUCUGAACUCGUGGAACUAGGCAGUGGACAAGCAUUACAUUCAUUUAGAGAGAAAAAAGAUCCUUGUUUGGUCCCAUUUUUGUAAUUCUAGCUUCUAGUCUUUUUUCUGUUUUUUUUUUUCUUUUUUGUUCUGCAAACGUUUUGGCUAGUCUUAAUUUUUCAGUGUAUGGUUCGACUUUUUUUUUUUUUUUGUCGAAAAGUUUUUGUUAACCUUUUAGUUGCCAUGAUUUCUAUAUAUGUGUGGUUGAGCCCAUGUCACCUGAUUCCCUAGGUUUUUUUCUCUGCCCAUCCCUAGGUUCUUUGUGUAUGUCCCGAAUUUCCCUAGAAUGUGUUGCCUUGGAAGUCCUUAUAUUUUGUUUGUCCCUAGGUCGUUUUGUUUGUUCAUAAUGUCCUUGUCAAUUUCCUGGAGUUUUAUAUCUUUCCCUUGGCUCGUCCGAGUCCUUGUCCCCAAAUCCCUAUUUUGUCUCAACUUUCCUUAGAUGUUUGCUUGCUGUCUGCAGUUUGUUUCCCUCAUUAUCCCUACGCUUGUUCAUUGUUUUUCUUUUUGCCUACUCAAGUGUUUUGUCAUGUUUUUGUAAGUUUUAUUUCCGAUCGUAUUUCACUGCCCUCUUCCUUUUUGUUCUGUGUGGUAGUGUUGUUUAUUUUCAAUUGCAUGUUUUGCUGCAAGUGUGUAUUUUCUCCGACCGACUGUGAUAUAACCUAAGGAAGUCUCUUAGUUGAGUAGUCUGUUGCAGUUUUUUUUUUCUUUGUUUUUAGACUGUUCCUUUCGUUCGCCAUGUCAUCCAAGUUUACUGUGACAAGAAUACUGACAAGAGCACCAUGAUAGUUGCAUUUUUUGUUAGUGGUCACCUGUCCCUUUUUUAGCACGUGUAAUGGCAUGCAUUCUUGUUUUUGAAGUCUGUCAGUUGACAGAUUAGUUUUGAUACUGGUGAAGUUUUAUGAUUUUACACAUGCAUGAAGAAUGCACUCGAUUGCACAGGCAAUCUUUGGUUUUACCUCUGGUGUGUUUUUUGCAAGUUUCUUUUUUGUGUGUUAUCACAGUUGUGUCUGGGUUAUAAAGAUUUGGUUUUUAUUGUGAAUAUUCUCUCGACAAGUUUGUAGGAAGAGCAGUUGUAAUGUGGGGGGGGGGGGGGGGGGGAGCAGCCCGAGAAAACAGACACAGCAAAAAAAUCAAAAAGAUAUUUUUUUCUUCCUUGAAUAAACAAACAUUUGUUUUACAUUACGCUUUGGUCA